CGCCAGCCCAGCGCCGGAAGUGGGCCUUUCGGAGGCGGGAGCUGCCACGUCUGAGACCCGAAGACGCCGCUGCCGCAGUUAUGGUGUCUGUAAUUAAUACUGUGGACACCUCCCAUGAGGACAUGAUUCACGAUGCCCAGAUGGAUUACUAUGGCACCCGCCUGGCCACCUGCUCCUCAGACAGGUCUGUCAAAAUCUUUGAUGUGCGCAACGGAGGCCAGAUCCUCAUUGCUGACCUCAGGGGUCAUGAGGGUCCUGUGUGGCAGGUGGCCUGGGCCCACCCCAUGUAUGGCAACAUCCUGGCAUCUUGCUCCUAUGACCGGAAAGUCAUCAUCUGGAAAGAGGAGAAUGGCAGCUGGGAGAAGACCCAUGAGCACUCAGGACAUGACUCGUCAGUGAACUCUGUGUGCUGGGCCCCCCAUGACUACGGCCUGAUCCUGGCCUGCGGGAGUUCGGAUGGGGCCAUCUCUCUGCUGACCUACACAGGCGAAGGCCAGUGGGAAGUGAAGAAGAUCAACAAUGCUCACACUAUUGGCUGCAACGCUGUCAGCUGGGCCCCUGCUGUUGUACCUGGAAGCCUCAUAGACCAGCCAUCAGGGCAGAAACCCAGCUACAUCAAGAAGUUUGCUUCCGGUGGCUGUGAUAACCUCAUCAAACUCUGGAAGGAGGACGAGGACGGCCAGUGGAAGGAGGACCAGAAGCUGGAGGCGCAUAGUGACUGGGUUCGAGAUGUGGCCUGGGCCCCCUCCAUCGGCCUACCCACCAGCACCAUCGCCAGCUGCUCCCAGGAUGGCCGAGUGUUCAUCUGGACCUGUGAAGAUCUCUCAGGCAACACGUGGUCACCUAAGUUGUUGCACAAGUUCAGUGACGUUGUGUGGCACGUGAGCUGGUCCAUCACCGCCAAUAUCCUCGCUGUCUCAGGUGGUGACAACAAGAACUGAGGACUGAGCCCAGAAACUCUGCCGAGCCCACCCCUACACCUGCCCAGGUUGAACUCAGACUUGUGAUCCUCCUGCCUCGGCUUCCCUCAGUGCUGGGAUUGCAGGAGUAUGCCACCGCACCCGGCUGUUCUUAUUUAAAGAUGAGUAAUACAGUUAGUUUAUCAGUCCUGCACUGACAGGUACGUGGGUUGUUUCCACCGACCUGAACACUGGGCGUUGUGGCCAUGGACAAGUGUGCAGUCAGCAUGGAGCUUUUCCUGGCCCAAGUCUUUCCAUCUGCAGUGCUCCCAAAAGAUCAGGCUGCCCCACCUCAGAGCCAUAAACACCCCUCAAAGGCCAGCCAGAUCACUUCCCCAAUUCUAGGGAGUGCUAGAGCCAGUCCCAGAACUGAGGUUGUGGCAGCCAGCAUGAGGCAGGGCCCCAGGCGUUUUCCUGCAGGCCUGCGUUGGUUCCUCCCCGCACACAGGGUGCUAUAUGUGUGUGACUGGAGGGGGCUAGUUUUUUUAGAUUUAGAUUUUUUUUUUUAAUGCGGUCUCCUAAAUUUUCCUCUCUGGGGAGAAACCUUUUUCAGUUCUCCACCAUUUCUUCUGCCCUGGACCACAGAAUUGUGUACUGAUUGACCUGUGUCUUGCUGGACUAUAGCAGCUCUCAAACCUUAACAUCAAAACUUUCCCUUUCUCUUUCUCUCUUUCUCUCUGUCUUUCUCUCUUUCUCUCUGUCUU